AUGGACGACCAGGAACGGAUCCUGCAACCAGUCCCGGUCCUAGCUGUUCUCCGCUCGCUGCCGCUGGACAUUUUGCGUGACAGCUUCUGGAAUGUACUCCCGCCUGAAUCUCGCAUUGCAUUUCGUCAGGCAUGCCGCUCCCUGGACGCGUGGGUCCGACACGAUUUGAAAACCACAACCGCCGUGGUAUUCAACCACCAUUACCUUGAGUCACUGGGCAGAACAGGCCAGAGCCUUGCAAAACACUUCCAGGGUUUGCAGUUUCUCACAAUUCGCCAGGCGUCCGCCGGGCGCAAGCCACUUCCUCCCGAGGUUGUCUGCACAUGUUUGGAGCUGCUGCGCCAUGGAAGUGGCCCUCGCACAGGCGACCCACAUCCGGCCGGCCUCAGCUUCCGCUUUGUACGCAAGUUGGCACUGCGUGACUGGCCGUCCGUGACCUCGAGUGAGCUGGCGCUCCUUGCAGACGCCUUUCCCACCCUGGAGCAUCUGGCGGUGACCUGCCGGACGCGCUCCUUCCCACAUCAUUACGAUUUGCCCGUCGAUCUGCUACCCGCCCUGACAACUCUCUUCCCAUGCCUGAGCAGCCUGGAGUUACGCGGACUGAGCCUCCUGCAGCUCCUAUCAAGCCUGCCGCAGCCGAAGCAGCAUCACCAGGGUCCGCUGCCGUCACCACCGCCUCCAAAGCAGCGAUUGCCGGUUGCUGCAUGCUCUGCAGCGGCAGCGGAGCCAGGACCUGAGUCGGAGGCGGACGGCGCGUGCGGCCGGUAUCGGAGCUUCUCUUGCGGCGGCUCGGGACUUGCGGUGCACACGUCGUGCACCUCCGGCUGCGGCUCCACAGCCGCUACCGGUCCGGCUGUGGGAACUAGCCAGGAAGGCGCUCUCGCGGCAUCACACACACCCGAGAGCUACGCCCUCCAACAGCAACCACAACUCGCCCCAGUCCCGCGCGGGCCAAGACAAAUAAGUAGCACCGCAACCCUGGCCGCUGCGGCCCCUGUCAACGGCGAUGGCCGUGAUCACGAAGACACGUUCGCGGUCCGUCGCCAGAUGUUCACAGAUGCCGGAACGUCUACAGUGAAACAAGGAGCAGCAGUUGCGGAAGCCGCCUCUACCGCCGCUGCUGGCUGCAGCAGAGGUGGAUGUGACCGCAGCGAGCAGUGCGGUGGUCUCCAGGUUCUGGGCCGCCUGACGCGUCUGUCCAGCCUGGCGCUGGGUACCUUGGACCCGCCGCCGCAGCUGCUCACUGACAUGGGUCUGGCAUUAGGACGGCAGCUACGGGUGCUGGAGCUGGACGUGUGGCUGGUGAUGACACCGCCAUCGGAGCUGCGUUGUGUGGCAGUGGCG